GCCCUCUCUCCUGACAGGGCAGGCACUGGGAUAUUUCGUUUCUCUUCCUAUGCUGCUAUUGAAGUUCUCUGGAUUUUAUAAGCUUUUAAUUUUUCUUAUUGAAUUCUAAUGUUCUCCAAGGGUGGCUGACCUUGCUGUGCAAUUAAACACCUGUUACUUUGGUUCUUUGGGGAGGAGCAGCAUACUAUGACCUUCAUAAGACAUGAAGGCACAGGUGGUGUUGUCUUUCCUCCUCACUCUCCUCCAGUCUCUCUGUGGAUUUCAAGGUACUUCCUUUUCAGUUUUCUUCAAUCACCUUAGAAGUACGAAUGACGAGAUUGUCGUUGGAAGGUACGAUGAAGAUAUAAUUCUCCCUUGCUCAUUCGAGAAUGAGCCUGAUGUUGUAAUCCACUGGAAGAAUCAAGAUAACUACAAUGUUCACAGUUACUACAAAGGCCGUGACCAUUUGGAAAACCAAGAUCCUAAAUUCACAAACAGGACAUCUCUCUUCUAUAGCAAGAUUCAAAACGGGAAUGCCUCUCUAUAUUUCAGAAGAUUAAGUCUUCUGGAUGAAGGAAUUUACAUCUGCUAUGUGGGAACAGCAGCUAGACAGAGCACAAAGAAAGUGGUGCUAAAGGUGGGAGCCUUCCUCACUCCUGCUAUGAAGUACGAGAAGAGAAACACAAGCAGUUUCCUGGUGUGCAGUGUGCUCAGCGUUUAUCCUCGUCCACACAUCACAUGGAAAGCGGACUCUGCAUUUGUCCCUGGAAGCAUAACAGAAGAAACGGGGUACUUGGGCCCUUUUUAUGUUAGCAGUACUCUGAAUAUCACAGGAUCAAAUUCAUCUUAUGAAUGUGUGAUUAAAAAUCCAUUGCUGAAGCAAACAUGGACCGGGCAGUGGACACAAGCAGGUGACCUUUGUAAAAGACAAAGUGAAUACGUUUCGCUCUCAUGUCAAGGAAUAAGAAAUUUUUCUCUACAAAAUGAAGACUUCAUAGUCACUUGGUCCAGAAUGAAAAGUGAAAUCUCUUCCAUCUUGGGUUGCUAUAUGAGCUCCUCACAAAUUCCAGUAAUCAAUGAACCCAGAUUCUCUUGGAACAAAGAGCUGCAAAACCAGAAUGAUUUCUCUAUGACUUUGACCGAUCUUCAUCUUUCAGACAGUGGGGAAUAUCUGUGCAAUAUUUCUUCAAGAAAAUAUACUCUGCUCACGGUCCACUCACUGCAUAUAGAACCAAGCCAAGGAAAAUCUUCCUGGAUAAUACCUGCUCUGGUGGCUUUGGGUGUUUGGGCAGUGAUCCUGACCUUGAUAGUGAACUUCCGUCAUAGAUGGAGAAGAUACCCCGUUUAUGGAGAAAACAGGAAUAUCUACUGAUGAAGACUAGCAAUGAUGAAAAUUCAGAAGUAAACGUGCCUCUUCAAAUAGCCAGCCUGUACAGGAAAUGAAGACAGACUGUGAUGAGCAUCUGUAAUAUACAAUGAUGUCAUCUCGCCCUUCAUUGCAAUCCAGGCAAUGGCCUCGCAGGCCUUUUACCUCUGCAAAGACUGAACAACUCUCUUUUCCAGUGCUAUGAUUUGAAUGUGUCCUCAAAAAUUUGUGUAACAGAAACUCAACUGCCCAUGCAACAGUUGGAAGCUGGGCCUAGUAAGAGGUAAUAGGUCACAAGGGCCCUCGCUGUGGGAGUAGGAUAGCAAUUGAAGAAUGGUAUGUUGCAAAAUGGGUUUGGUCCCCUCUCAGCCUUGCCUUCUCUUGCCUUCUACCUUUUGCCAUCGGAUACAGUGAAAAGAUUCUCAACAGAGGCCAACACCUCCAUUUUGGAUUGCCCAACCUCCAAUCCUAUAAGAAAUAAAUUUCUGUUCUUCACAAACUACUCAUUGUCAAGUAUUCAAGGCAUCCAGUAUUAGAUUCACUGCUCACUCACUACUAUAUAGGCACCAUUACUGACCCUCCCACCCACAUUAUAAGGAUGUGAAUUUAAUUUAACUUAGAAAAUAAUUGUCUUAUUUAUUUACUCCUGUUACAGUAAGUACAUGAGAAUGCAGUGAGUUUCCACCUAGAACUCGGAGGAAUAUACUACAAGGAGAUGAUCCAAAAUCUGAUUAACUGAUGAGGGAUAAGAGCAGUAGGAACAGGUGACAUCUUAGUGCAAGUAUGAAAAGCCAGGGCUUGAAAGCAAGACUACUGAUUUGAGGCAGUAUACCCCAGGAUUAUAUAAAUGGUUAUAUGAGCAUAACCCACAAAAUUUAGUAUGGUAAGACUCAGGGAUCCUGCAAAAUAAAACUCUUAUUAUCUCCCAGAAUGUUUAGGGGAAAAGGACCUAUCAAGAAUUGAUAUCUGGCUGGGCCUGGUGGUACACACCUGUAAUUCCAGCACUCGGGGGGCUCAGGCAAGAGGAUUGUUGUGAG